AUCAGACGACUAAGACUUAAAUAUUGACAAACCAUGCUUCAUUGCAAUUUACUUACACUACAUAUUUUAAAUCUGCCAAAUUACGAAGUUAAUAUACAAAAACAAAAUGUCAACUAUUAACCUUGUGUUUGUAAUCAAUUUUGUUUACAUGCUCUUGUUUUCUCAAGCAAAAGCAUACAAUCCAGGACAAACAGAAGCAAAGGCGCUUCUUAAAUGGAAACAAAGCUUCCGAAACCAGUCUGCCUUCACCUCUUGGCUCUUACCACAAAGUCUCAAUUCUUCCUCCAACAUACGCCCGUGCACAUGGCAAGGAAUCACGUGCGACAACCAUGGAAGAGUGACCCAGAUAACCUUGUCCGAGUUAGAGUUAGAAGGUACACUCGAGGCCAUUGAUUUCUCUUCAUUCCCACAUUUAAAUUUACUCGACCUUAAUUACAACCGUUUUACCGGUAUAAUACCUACUAAUAUAGGCUUGAUUUCUAACCUCAAAUACCUUGAUCUCUCAACUAAUGAGCUUAAUGGUACAAUUCCUCUUUCCCUUUCAAAUCUAACACUAGUUGAGCACCUUGAUCUCUCUCGAAACUUUCUCACUGGUCGAAUUCAUCCGACCUUGUUCUCUGGUCUCGUAAAUAUUAAAACAAUUAUCAUUCAAGACACUUAUCUAGAGGGUCCAAUCCCUUCUACCAUAGGAAACUGCAAAAAUCUUUCAUCCAUAUUUUUUGAAAAAAGUAGAUUUUCAGGCCAUAUCCCUGUAUCAAUGGCUAACUUGACUGAGUUAACCAUCUUACGCCUGGAUCAGAAUUUUUUCAGCGGGUCAAUCCCGAGUUUUAUUAGUAGGCUUAGCAAACUAACUGACCUUCGCUUAUUCAACAAUCAGUUCUCUGGCCAUGUACCUCAAGAUAUAGGCAACCUCUCAUCACUUACUGAUCUUGAAUUUUCUAGGAACAACUUAACGGGAUCACUACCCCCGCAAAUCUGCAAGGGUGGAAAGCUUGUUUACUUUUCUGCUUCUCACAAUAACUUUACAGGUCCAAUACCAAUAAGUCUAAAAACUUGUCCAGAUUUGUACGAAGUUUACCUUCAAUAUAACCAACUCACUGGAGACCUUGAUCAGGACUUUGGAGUUUAUCCCAGCUUGGAAUACAUUGACUUGAGUUACAAUCAACUAGGUGGUCAACUCUCACCAAACUGGGGAAAGUCCAUAAACUUGACUGCUCUUUUAAUAGCUGGAAACUCUGUUGGUGGUGAAAUACCAAUGGAUAUUUACCAGUUGCCAAAUUUAGGGGUAUUAGACUUCUCAUCAAACAGGUUACAAGGAUACAUAUCCCCUGAAAUAGGACAAAGCUCAAACCUGGUUAAAAUAUAUUUUCAGAAUAAUAUGCUAUCAGGAAAUGUGCCGGUAGAGUUAGAAGAUCUACAUGAACUAGAGCAACUAGAUCUCUCGAAUAACAAUUUAACAGGACAAAUCCCAGGGGACAUUGGGGGUUGCUCAAAGCUGUUGAGCUUAAAUUUGAGCAAUAACCAUCUGACAGGACCGAUUCCAAAUGAGAUCGGACAGUUAACUCACCUGCAGAUUUUACUGGAUUUGAGUUAUAAUCAUCUCACAGGAGAUAUACCAAGAGAGGUUGGGCAGCUCACUAGUCUUCAAAGCUUGAACCUUCAACAUAACAAUCUCAGUGGUCAAAUCCCGGUUUCUCUAGCCUCGCUUUCCAGCUUAGUAACCGCUAAUUUCUCAGAUAAUGACCUCACGGGCCCACUGCCAGACAGCAAAACCUUCUCUGGAUUUCCUCUGCAAUCGUUUGCUGGCAAUAUGGAUCUGUGUGGUAGAAUAAAGGGCAUGAAACCCUGCAAUGAUACUCAAACUUCUUCAUCUCCAACAAAGAAGCAACAUCGUCGUCCCAUAAUAAUCGCAGCUUCCUCUUUUGCAAGCAUCCUGUUUUUUCUUCUUUUUGUCUCCUGCAGCAUAAUACUUUGGAGAAGACGAAAACUGGAAAAAUACAAAAGACAGGAAAUGCACGAGCUUAAUAGAUCAAAAGAUGUAUUCACUGUAUUGAACUUUGAUGGGAAAUUAGUGUACAGCGACAUAGUUAAAGCAACAGAAAACUUUCACAGUCAGUAUUGCAUUGGAAGUGGAGCAUCUGGGAGGGUUUAUAAAGCAGUGUUUCCGAAUGGUCAAGUGAUAGCAAUUAAGAAGCUCGACACCAGCACUUUAGAGAAAGAAGCGGUAGCAGCCAGGAAUUUCGUGAAUGAGGUAACAGCACUCACAGAGAUUCGACAUAAGAACAUUGUGAGGUUUUAUGGGUUUUGUUUGCAUCAGAAUAUGAUGUCCUUGGUGUACAAGUAUGUUGAAAGAGGAAGCUUGGCUGAUGUAUUAAGCAGCAACGAUGAAGCUAAGGAGUUAGGCUGGGGCAAUCGGGUGAGAAUCAUCAAGGGUGUUGCUGAUGCCCUGGCAUACAUGCACCAUGGUUGCACACCACCUGUUGUUCACCGUGACAUUUCAAGUAAAAACAUUUUGCUGUCCUCUCAUCUGGAAGCUCAAGUCUCUGACUUUGGCACCGCAAAGUUCUUGAAUCCAGAAUCAUCUAAUUGGACCACACUUGCUGGAACAUAUGGCUACCUUGCCCCAGAGCUGGCUUUCACCAUGGCUGUAACAGAAAAAUCUGAUGUGUAUAGCUUUGGCGUUCUGGCGAUUGAGAUCCUAAUGGGAGCACAUCCACAAGAGAAGAUUUCGAGUCUUUCUUUCAACAUGUCAGAUGACCAACUCAAAAUAAAAUUCAAAGAUGUCUUAGAUCGCCGUCUUGCAUAUCCUACAGGUCAAGAGCUCAUACAACAGGUGGAGUUUGUCCUAGAGACUGCAAUUUUAUGCCUCAAUGUUAAUCCACAAUCAAGGCCAACCAUGAAUUACGUCUCUCAAAUGUUCGAAACAAAAUGUGGAAACAAUAACCCCAUAGCCAUUGAUUUAUAGAAUUUCAAUAUACACAUUGAGAUUUCUAACACGGCUUCUCACAUAAAUAUCCUGUCAAUUGUCAUCAGGGGUAGGAUUGUGAGGAUUAAGAAGUUCAUGUAUGUUUACGGUAUGUAAUUAUGUAUUGAAGUAAGUUCACAAGAACACUUGGCUAUUUGGCAUUGUAUAUGUAGUAUAUAUAUAUAAACAAUGUAUUUUCAUUUUGUUGGAAUCAUUUCAUUUUCGGACCACCCCAAAGGAAAGCUUUCAAUUGCUACUAAAAAGUGUUACCAUUGUACUAUAAUGAUACAGAGAUCAAUAUCAGAGGGCUCUAAACCAAAGAAAACAAGUUUUGACAAUAUCAACCCACUAAAAGAUUAUCCAACAGGGA